AUGCUGUCUAGAGUUGUCAUCUCGCUCGCUGUCCUCGUUGCGUCUGUCGCUGCCGCCGUCCCGUCGGUGAGCAAGCGUGCGACGUGCAGCGGUGGCCGGACCACCGCUAACGCCGCGUGCUGCGUCUGGUUCGAUGUCCUAGAUGACAUCCAGGAGAAUCUGUUCCACGGCGGACAGUGUGGCGAGGAUGCCCACGAAGCCCUAAGGCUGACCUUCCAUGACGCGAUUGCAUUCUCCCCUGCUCUUACGGCUGCGGGUCAGUUUGGUGGCGGAGGUGCUGACGGCUCCAUCAUGGCGCAUACUUCCGAUGAGUUAGCUGAUCCUGCAAACAACGGUCUCGACGACAUCAUCGAAUUUCAGCGCCCGUUUGCCCUCAAACACAAUGUCUCCUUCGGCGACUUCAUCCAAUUCGCCGGCGCUGUCGGUGUCUCUAACUGCAACGGAGGGCCCCAGAUCUCAUUCUUUGCUGGCCGUUCCAACGACUCGCAGGCUGCUCCCCACGGUCUCGUUCCUCUCCCGUCUGACGAUGUCACCACCAUUCUGAACCGGGUGGGUGAUGCUGGCUUCAACGCCGUUGAGCUCGUUUGGCUCCUCAUCUCUCACACGGUCGGCGCCCAGGAUAGUGUGGACGACUCGAUUCCUGGCACUCCGUUCGACUCAACCCCCUCGGAUUUCGAUGCUCAAUUCUUCGUUGAGACCUUAUUGAACGGUACGCUCACGCCCGGCAACGGCAUUAGCCCCGACGAGGCACUCUCGCCCUACCCCGGAGAGUUCCGCCUGCAGUCUGACUUCCUGAUCGCUCGGGAUGAUCGUACCUCUUGCGAGUGGCAGAAGAUGAUCUCGGACCGUGCGAACAUGCUGGCGCGCUUUGAGCAGGUCAUGCUGAAGCUCUCACUGCUCGGUUUCGACCAGUCCACACUCACCGAUUGUUCCGAUGUCAUCCCCACUGCAACCGGAACUGUGGCCGAUCCGUUCAUCCCCGCAGGUCUCUCGACGGAUGACAUCCAAGCUGCAUGCUCUUCGACUCCAUUCCCCACGGUGUCUGUGCUUGGAGGCGCUGUCACUACGAUCCCCGCUGUGUCCUUGAACUCUUGA